CCAAUCGCAGUUUACCUUUCAGACACAAACUAAUCUUUGACUUUGGUAAACAACUGAACAAAUAUUCUUCUCCGUUCAACCUGAUCACCAUCAAUCCAUCAUCAUCAUCAUCUUAGCCUCUUCUUCUUCUUCUCUCUGUUCCUCCAUUUUUGGAGUGGAAGUUUUAUAGGCUGCCAUGCUGAUCAAAAGUUGCAGCAGAAGGGAAAAGGAAGGGGCAGUGGACCAAAGAAGAAGCUUCUCCUUCAGCUCCCUGGAUUUCAACUCUUCUUUCGGCCCGAUAUCUACCGAUGAAGAUGAGAGUAUUGUUGAUCAAGGCGGUUAUAGCGACGACGAUGACGACAAUGAUGACGCAUACAUUGAGAUAAAUCUAGAUCAUCCGCCGCCGCCGUUGCCGCCGAAAUGUCGGAAUGGAAACGAGGGGAAGAGAGAGGGCGGCGAUGAUCUCGAGUUUCGCGUGUCGUUUUUGGAGGCUGCUCUGCCAUUCAUCGGGAUAUCUUCGCCUCAAUCUAAUUCGUAUUAUUCGCCUCCGGUGGACUGGCCGCCGGCUCCCAACAAACGGAAAGUGCCUCUCUUCUCGCCGGUGAAUCAUCUGCUCAAUACGUUAGAGGGGUCGCAGAUCGAUGAUAGUAUCGGUGAUGAUCAUUUCCAGAACUCUGCAAUCAGUAAUGACGCCUCCAAACAGCUGGUUCUGAGCAUGACCAGGGCUAGGUCUAGGACGGCGGCGGACGGUGGAGGAGUGAUGAACAUGAUGGUAAAAUUCCGGUACGUUAUGAGCUUCCGGUGGAUGGUGGCUUCAAUGUUGAAGAUCCGGCGACAACAGCGUCAGGCGGUUACAUCGCCGUCGCCGUCGCCGUCAUCUUCUUCAACCGCAACAAAUUUUAACAGCAAAAUCGCCAAAUCAGGAGCCCUAGAUUCAAACCAAAAGAUGAGCAGAAGACGAAAGAAUGCGGCUCGGCAGCAGCAAGUAAUCGGUAAUGCUCCGGAGAAAUCGCGAUCAUCGGUGCUGCUGCUGCGGCUGGGGAUAAAGCUGGACGCGAUCAGAGGGAUGGUGGCGUCUGAUCAUCAUCAUCACGGUGGUAGCAAAAGCCGCCAUUCUUCGAAAAGCUGCCCCGGUUCUAUCAAGUCGUCGCCUCUCCAUCAUCAAGGUCAAGGAGGUGGCGCUACUACUGUUACUGUUAGCAGUAGCUUGAGCGGGGCACUAGUGUGUAGCAGGGACAACAAUGUUCAGGCCGCCAUUGCUCACUGUAAGAAAUCCUUCGGCCGCUCCGAGGAUUUUAGUUUUUAAAAAACAGUUCAGAUUACACCUCACGGGGCAUAUUCAACUGUCUACAUAUUUACCAAACUGUUUGUACACUAUGCCACCCUAUAAUGAAACAAAGUUAUUACGGAGUAACUUUUAUCCAACCUAGUUUCUUGGUCA